AUGUCCGAAGAAGAAUUAAGGGUUAUCAAAGCUGAAGAAGUUGCUGAACAUAAUACUGCAUCCGAUUUAUGGAUUGUUUACAACGGUAGAGUCUACGAUGUGAGUCCAUAUAUUGAUGAACAUCCUGGUGGAGAAGAAGUUGUUGUUGAUGUUGCUGGUACUGAUGCCACCGAAGCAUUUGAAGAUAUUGGCCAUUCUGACGAUGCCCAUGAGAUCUUGAAAGGGUUGCUUAUUGGUAAAGUCGAAGGGGGGGUUGUCAAAGACGCCAAAACUGCCAGUGCUGUUGCUGAAGAAGGUGGAUUAUCCAUGCCUUUGAUUGGUGCUAUUAUAUUUGCUUUAGCUGCUGGUGCAUACUUUUUCUUAAACCAAUAA